AUGGUGUUUGUUUGAUGAGAUGAUGAAAUGCGAUGCAGCCUGCUCCACGUCUCUCCAUCGGUGAUUGUUUGGUGGGAGAAAGAGACUUUCGAAACUCAAAAUUUAAAAAACACAACAAUAAAAAAACUAUAGCAUUAAGCAAAAAUAGCCUUACAAACAAAAAUGAUGAAAAACAAAGAGCAAACUCUCAUCUUUCCUUCUCACACCCACUUCUCCGAUGACCACACCCUCCCCCUCUCCCACCUUGACACCGAUCGCAACCUCCACUUAACCAUCCGCUACCUCCGCGCUUACACCGCCACAACCACCACCCAUCACCACAGCAACCACUUCCACGUUAUCUCUUCCUCCCUCUCGCAAACACUCCCUCACUACUACCCACUCGCCGGCACACUCCGCCGCCGCAAACACCCCGACAACCGCCUCGAACUCUUUUGCACCACCAAUCAAGGCAUCCCUCUAAUCCACACUACCGUAGACUUCACUCUCGACUCCGUAAACUACCUCGACGACCCUGCUUCGCCUUUCGUCGAACAGCUGGUGCCCGACCCAGAACCCGAAGAGGGAAUGGAGCAUCCAUGUAUGCUUCAGCUAACGGUUUUCAAGUGCGGUGGGUUUACCCUCGGUGCAGCGAUUCAUCACUCGCUAUGCGACGGGAUGGGUGGGACUCUGUUUUUUAACUCGGUGGCUGAGUUGGCUCGCGGGGUGACUCGGAUAACAGUGGAGCCUAUAUGGGAUCGAGAAAAGUUGUUGGGUCCAAGGGAUCCUCCCCGAGUGGAUUCGCCGUUGAUAAGAGAGUUUCUGAGUUUGGACAAAGAAUUUUCGCCAUAUAAAGAGAAUAUCGGUCCUGUUAAGAGAGAGUGUUUUCAUGUGAGGGAUGAGUGCUUAGACAAUUUCAAAAGAUCGUUGUUUGAUCAAUCUGGAUUCAACUUCACCACUUUUGAAGCUCUAGGUGCCUACAUUUGGAGAUCCAAGGUAAGGGCCUCACGAGUGGAGGAUAAAGAGAAGGUUAAAUUUGCAUACUCAAUAAAUAUACGAAGAUUAAUAAAGCCAUCACUACCUCCUGGGUAUUGGGGAAAUGGUUGUGUUCCAAUGUAUGUUCAACUUAGUGCCAAAGAUUUGAUAGAGAGACCAAUUUGGGAAACUGCAGAGCUAAUAAGAAAGAGUAAAAGCAAUGUUAGUGAUGAGUAUGUUCGAUCCUUCAUUGAUUAUCAAGAGCUGCAUUUUGGUGAUGGGAUCACGGCAAGGAAAUGGGUGAGUGGGUUCACUGAUUGGAGGCACUUGGGUCAUUCUACUGUGGAUUUUGGGUGGGGUGGCCCUGUUACUGUUUUGCCACUAGGAAGAAACUUGCUUGGGAGCGUUGAACCUUGUUUCUUCUUGCCUUAUUCGACUGCUAGUGCGGAGAAAAAGGAUGGCUUUAAGGUUUUGGUGACUUUGAAUGAGGCAGCUUUGUUUGCUUUUCGAGAAGACAUGCAAAUGUUUGCCGGUGGCCAAGAGACCGCACUCUUGCCGCGCAUUUGAUGAUAUGAGCCAUUGAUUUUAUUUGAACAAAUAAAGAUGAGUUUAGACCUCAGGUAUUAUAAGGCAUAUGCUAUAAGAAUUAGGUUUAGGAUAUAAAUAGGAAAUAGUGCAUCACUGAAAUUCUCCUUUUGGGAUGGUUGUGUUGUAUCAAGAGAGUAUAUUGUUGUGUAAAGCUGUCUUCAACAAGUCUAAGUGCUGAGAAGUUGAACAUUGUGGUUCGAAUUUGUACUUUUAUACUCUAGUAUUUUAUCAUCUGAGUUAUACUUAUAGGAUA